GGUACGUGUAACAUGGUAUAACGCGAACGCGCAGCUGUGAAAGUACCAAAAUAACGCGUACGCAGUGAUUUCCAAAAAUACAUUGAAGAGCCAGUUGAUUCUCAUUUCCCGCUGCUCUGGACCAGAUAAACAUGUCGGACAACGUUGACGCCGUUUGUAACGCUGGCGGUGAUUCCGGCGCCCAGUCAAUCACAGAAACCAACACUUCGCCAUCCGUCCAAAACACGGGUGACAACGUUGUCGUUCCACCGAUUGAUGCCUCAUCUGAAUCAAACGAUGAGCAGAAGGUAUCAUCGCCAGUUGCCGAGCCUCAGUCACCUAAAAAGGAGGAAAGCAAUAAGAGUUCAGAAAAUACGAUAAAGCAGAACGGAAAGGAGUCUUCUGAAGUGUCGAAACUUGAGCUGGAAAUUCAGAAAAGGAUACACGAGCGUGAUAAUUACAAAAAGAAGUUAAACGAAACGGAGAGAAGGUUGAACGCGCUUCAGGCGUCAUACAACGCGGUGACGAGCGGAGAAGGGGAUGAAAUAACUCUGCGAAGAGAAAAGGAAGACCUGAAGAAUAUGCUUACGCAGACUCAGCUGAUGCUCGAUGACCGCGGUCGUCUCAUCACAAAUCAACAGACCCAGAUAAGCGCGCUAUCAAAGCAAGUCUCAUCCUUGAAAGAGGUGGUUGCGAUCACCAAAGACCUUCUCAACAUACGAAAUAUGGAGGUGAAGCAUCUACAGGAUGACGUCGACGCGAUGGAGAGCAAGAUCACUGCUGAACGUGAAAAGCAUAAUCUAAUGAUGAGCAAAAUGGACUCUGCUGUACGACUCAAUGCUGAUCUGAAGAAGGAAUACGAAACGCAGCUGCACCUCUUCCAAGACCUUCGCGGAAAGUAUGAGCAGAAGGUGACGCUGCUUUCGGAGGAAAAUCGGGCCCUGGAGGCUGCCAACCAAUCGGCCGUCGUCUAACGAUCGUUGUCGGAAGCCGUUUACUCGUCUUGCUGCUAUUACGCCGUAAUAGAACGCGACAUUUACAUACUAUAUAUAAUUAUAUACGGUCGACAAGUCUGUCUUCUACCGAUCAUUUCUUAUAUGUUGUAUAACAUUUGUGUAA